UCCAAUUGCAAAACGCUAUCACAUGUUCUGAAGAGCUGGCCCGUCUAAAGCGGAACUGUCGCAGGGUCGCUGCAGGAGAAGAGGUUGCAAGUCCUGGGCCCUUCCAUUGUCCACGCGUCUUCGGUGUCAAACGCGUCCCGAUGCUUUUGUGCCCGCUCUUCUUACCCUGUACAGGUAUGACAGACAUUCAGGUUUCAGCCAAGGAUAUGGCUAUCCAGUCCUUGGCAGAAAGGCCCAGUAUAGGCAAGGUCAGCAUAUUCGCGCAUAGUCAAGGCGCUCUGGAUACGCAAGGGGCUCUGGACUGGUUACCUUCGACUCAUUCUCUAGUAAUUUUCGCUGUGUACAACUUACCUGAUCUCCAUGGGACUUCCACAUUCCCUAGUGUUGAACACCAUCACGUCAAAUUAUGCGACGGGAACGUCUGCCUCUCCGACGCCUUUCCAACAGUCCGGCAACUCGCACAUGAUCGCCUCAUCGCAAAAGACGGGAGAUACCGCACACGUACCCACUUCAGCUUCUACGUGAUCGAAGAUGAAGUCGCGCAGCUGGCAGCGGAGUCGAGCACGGUUCAGGGUGCACAAAUUUCGAGCAUCCAGAGCGUGUGCCCACUCCAGGUCAGGGACCACUUCAUCAUGAUCAUCGCACACCCUGCUGUACAGUUGAUGUACGCGGCGAUGAUCAACAAGACGCUGUUGACCAGCCCGACUUUCCCGCUGAGCUUUGUGCGAUGUGCCUAGAUGGAAGCGUGUUCGACUAACGGUCCGUGAUGCCAUUCGCCAGUGCUGUCCUUCCAGAUGUCCUCACAAUGGCUACUGCUAA